GCCAUCAAAGCUUAUCCUCGUUAUGCUGCGUUAACCAUUUUGCUUGUAUGUUUUUAACUGCCUACACCGCCUUUGUAUGACAGACUAGCGGUUACAAAGUUGAGACCCUUUCGACUUACAGUAACAAUUGAUCGGGAACCUAGCAUACCUGCCAUUUGACCCAACUUGGAAGGCUUUUGUGCUACGAGACUCUGCUAGACAGCUGACGCCGGGCCAUAGCGUCCAGAUCACUAGUGCAUUGAGACCGAGUUCCCUGCAGAAUGCGUGCUCUCAUCCUUGUGGGCGGCUAUGGCACCCGGUUGCGGCCAUUGACGCUGAGCUGCCCAAAGCCACUCGUUGAGUUCGCGAACAAGCCCAUGAUUAUCCACCAAAUCGAGGCGCUGAAGCAAGCUGGGUGCACGGAAGUCGUCCUUGCCAUCAAUUACCAGCCUGAGGUGAUGAUGGGCUUCAUCGAGGAGUGGCAGGAGAAGCUCGAUGUCAAGAUUGUCUGCUCCCAGGAGAAGGAGCCCAUGGGUACUGCCGGGCCCCUGGCUCUGGCUCGCGAGACACUUGACGACGGAAAGGGCACUCCUUUCUUCGUCCUGAACAGUGACGUCAUCUGCGACUACCCGCUGAAGGACAUGCUGGACUUCCACAAGGCCCGCGGGGCGGAGGCAACCAUCCUGGUGACCAAGGUGGAUGACCCGACCAAGUACGGCGUGGUGGUGAUGGACGAGUACGGCCAGGUGCAGCGCUUCGUGGAGAAGCCCAAGGAGUUUGUGGGCGACAAGAUCAACGCCGGCAUCUACGUGUGCAGCCCCUCCAUCCUCAAGCGCAUCGAGCUGCGCCCCACCUCCAUUGAGCGCGAGGUGUUCCCCCAUGUGGCCGCGGACAACAAGCUGUACGCCCACACACUGAACGGCUACUGGAUGGAUGUGGGUCAGCCCAAGGACUACCUGAAAGGCCUGCACCUGUACCUGGACUCCAUGUCCAUCCGCCAGUCGCCGCUGCUGGCGCGCGGCCCCGGCAUUACGGGUAAUGUGCUGGUGGACCCCAGCGCCAAGAUCGGGGAGGGGUGCCUCAUCGGGCCCGAUGUGUCCAUCAGCGCAGGUUGCGUCAUCGGCAACGGAGUGCGGUUGAGCCACUGUGUGGUCAUGAAGGGCGUGCACAUCAAGGACCACAGCAAGGUGGACCUGUGCAUCAUCGGCUGGGACAGCCGCGUGGGCGCGUGGAGCCGGCUGGAGAACCACUGUGUGCUGGGAGAGGACGUGCAGUGCAAGGACGAGCUGUACCUGAACGGCGCCAUCGUGCUGCCACACAAGGAGAUCAAGGACUCCGUUCCAAG